AUGCCGGACAUCGAGCCUCUCUCGACGGCCGACUCGGCGGCUCUCGUGCGCUCCUUUCUCUGGCCGGAGCGGUGGCGGCUCGCCGGAGGCUUCGUGCUGCUCACGGCGAGCAGCAGCAUCUCUCUGGUCUUCCCGCGAGUCAUGGGCGAGGUGAUGGACGGCUGCCUCUCCGGCGGCGGCUCGUACAUUGUCAACAUGGCGGGCGAGAGCGUGUCCGCCUCGCUGCGCUCGCGCGCCUUUAGCUCGCUCAUGCUUGCGUCCACCGCCUUCCACGAUUCGGCGGCGACAGGCGAGCUCCUCUCCCGCCUCUCGGCUGACGCGGAGGCGCUGCAGCGCGUGGUCACGACCCAUGCGCUCAACGGCUUGCGAGGCGCGACGGCGCGGUGGGAGGCUGCCGGCGCGCCCGGCUGGCGGCGCCUCUUUCACGCGCUCGAGGAGAUGUGA